AUGGAAUCUAUGACGGAACCGCAAAAAGCAAAUGAGACUUCCGCUAGCAGCUUGGGUCUGGGAGCUGCUCUUGCAGUGGCCUACGAUUUGACAGAAGAUCCUAAUUUUUCCCAACCUAGCUACAUUCAUCCCGAAACCACCAGUGUGCCUCUACCCUCCAUGGCUCCCCAAUCCGGAGUUAUAGUUCUUUCAAAAAAUCCCUACUAUCCUGCUUUUUCGGCCCAGUCCCAACCUGUCCGAUAUCAUGCCGGUGAUCCCUAUUGGGCUGUUUCUGGCUGUCCACAAGUAACACAGCAGCAUCCACAGCAACAAGUUCCUGUAACUUCUGCAGCUGCUCUUCCAAUGACAGCCUACCUCAAUCCUAUCCCUGUCUCUUCCCCCACUAGUUGUCCUCGUGGCUCGGAAAAUGGAUCAUUUUUCCUUCAGUCUGUUACUCAUCCUCCUUCCGCUUCUGCUACUACCAUAGCACCUUCUACAGCUGAUCCUACCGGCUAUGUGGAUGGUGGACCGGCUAGUGAGUCCACAAUGUCCACGGAUUCAAUGUUGUCGGUGCGUUCGGAUAGUAUCCCUACCUAUCCACCUGCUUCGGAGAUGGGAUACACGAUUAAAACUGUCUCCCAGGCCUCUGUUAUGCCCAAUGUUGGUCAUCAUGGUGGCAGCGGUGUUGCUAGCACCAGCAGUCUAAACAACAAUACUACUUCUUCCACCUCAACCAGUCGACGACAUGAGGAUCAGAGACAGGCGGCUGUUCCUUCCUCCGGUUCGGACGAUGGAUUGUAUGAAUUAUCAGAAGAGGAUGUCAAGGAGAUUGAUGACAUGCUCACCCAAAAUCCCCAAGUGACGUCCAGUCGACACUGGAAGUACUACGUCGAGACGAAUGAGUGGACUCGAGCCACAUGCGCCCUAAUGGCUUGCCUUUUUUCCCGUGAUCAGAUGGCCAAUUCCACCGUCUUGGGCCGCGGUGGCUCCCAACGCGAACGUUUGCCCACAAACCUUGUCGCCUACGUUGUCAGUAAGUCAACGAACCUAGGCUUAUUUAAACCACCACCACCACCACCACCACCACCACCACCACCACCACCACCACCACCACCACCA